GCCGCAGCGAUCAUGGACGCUUGACAACCUGCGGGCAGGCGCCGGGAGGCCGAGCCAGCGACCAAGAGGACCGAGAGGCUACACGGACAGAUCUUAAGGCCAGAGAAUGGCAGGUGAACAAAAACCCUCAAGUAACCUCCUGGAACAGUUUAUUUUACUAGCCAAAGGUACCAGUGGCUCAGCCCUUACUGCUCUCAUAAGCCAGGUCUUGGAAGCUCCUGGAGUAUAUGUCUUUGGAGAACUGCUGGAGCUGGCCAACGUGCAGGAGCUUGCAGAAGGAGCUAAUGCUGCUUAUUUGCAGUUGCUGAACCUUUUUGCCUAUGGAACAUACCCAGAUUACAUAGCCAACAAGGAAAGACUGCCAGAACUGAGCACAGCUCAACAGAACAAGCUGAAACAUCUUACCAUCGUGAGCUUGGCAUCGAGGAUGAAGUGUAUCCCCUACUCCGUGCUGCUGAAGGACCUGGAGAUGCGGAAUCUCCGAGAACUAGAAGACCUCAUAAUUGAGGCUGUCUACACUGACAUUAUCCAGGGCAAACUGGACCAGCGGAACCAGCUGCUAGAAGUGGAUUUUUGCAUUGGCCGUGACAUCCGAAAGAAGGAUAUCAAUAAUAUUGUCAAGACCUUGCAUGAAUGGUGUGAUGGCUGUGAAGCAGUUCUGCUGGGCAUCGAGCAGCAAGUCCUGAGAGCCAACCAGUACAAAGAGAACCAUAACCGAACUCAGCAGCAGAUAGAGGCAGAGGUUACCAACAUCAAGAAGACACUGAAAGCCACUGCAUCCUCCUCAGCUCAGGAGAUGGAGCAGCAGCUGGCUGAACGGGAGUGUCCCUCUCAUGCUGAGCAGAGGCAGCCCACCAAGAAGAUGUCCAAAGUGAAAGGUCUGGUCUCCAGCCGCCACUAGGGCCGGCUGGGGCAGCUGGCACUCACCAGGCCUGGGUCAGGUGGGGAGAGGACACCAAGGGCCUAUUUCCUCCUCUCUCUACCUGCAGUGAGUUCCAGACCUGCCCGUCCCCCCACAGCGCCUCUUUACCCUGUUGGUACUGUUCCAGAAAAACCGUUACUCCCUUUCCUUGCCUACUCCGUCCUUCCCCCAUUGUUCUCUUCAGACUCAGGGGCUCCACUGAUGCCAUCCUAACAGGGUCAGACACUGCCCAGCUUCCCUCCAGGAGGUUCUCUUCUCUGUGUCCGGCCUUGUCUCCCUCCCAGUUUUUCUUUUGCUCCAUUUCAUUUUGUCAGGCUGGUCAUAAGCCAGAGACAGCUUUAACUGGCCCACAGGGAUGACUGUGGAGGAGGCCCUUCUCUGAGGGGGGGCUUCCUUCUCCAGCCCCAGGUACCACAGUGCCCACAAUGGUGCAGGCGAUCUCUAGCCAGGUAUCAAAAUGCAUCGUUUUCCCUCUCCUGCCUUAUCCCUUGUGGCAGCUCAGUUAAGGCCAUGGAAGGAUGUGAUGCUGGGCUGUGUUUACUAAACCCACGGGUUUUCAGCCUCUUAAGCCCAGCUCCAGUCUCUCGCUAGUCGGGAGUGUUGCGUUGACUCACCUCUGGAAUCUGCACACAAGUGGAUGGGGCUGUGGGUCUGCCAGGUGGCAGAAGUCAUUUCUUCUGGGUUGGUGUUCUCUGCUGGCUGCUCUGACGACUCAGCCUUGUUUUCGCUGUGUAGGCCCCAGCCACCCACCAGGGCUGUCUGCCAGCACUUGCCCUCCCAAGAUCUUUCAUCCCUCCCUCUGCGCCUGUGCAGGGGAUGUAGUGCCAGGCCUUCUGGCUAGUGAAGGACGGUCGCUGUGCCCGUCUCUUUCUUUCCACCCCUCCUUGGCUGAUGGUGCAGAGCCCUCUGAUGAUGGCAUUCUCCUGGCAAGAGAAAAGGACUUGACUAGACUUUCUGAACUUGAAUGGUUUCAGGUUAUAUUUUAAUUUUUUUUUUGUACAGGUUCUGAUUCUAAUACAUUUCAACAUGCUUUUUUCCCCCUUUGUGUCAAUAUUUGUUAUAAACUAAUCGCCGGGGAUUUUUUCACCUGGUUGGAGGGUGGCAUGUGUGUAUGUGUGUGUGUUGUGUUUUGUUUUGUUUUGUUUUUUUAAGGGGAGGUAGAAGUCCUGGACUGAUAUUAAAGAUCAUCGAGGAAAAAGCACAUUUUAGAACAAAAAAAUAAAAGUGUGGAUUUAAUGUA